UCUGCAAAUAGAUUCUACCCAUUUUCCCCAAUUCAAGCAAAUUACACUUCCCUCACAAUGCUAAGCCAAUCCGAUUCACCCAACGAGUCCACUAACCCACUGAGUCAACUCGCUGAGAACAUGUUCUCCGACAACGGCAACAUCAUGCUUGCAGCCAUCGUUUCCCUGAUCCUAGUCAUCCUCUUCGUCCUUCUACUCCACGUGUAUGCCAAGUGGUUCUUAGCUCAGGUCCAGUCACAGUCACAGGCUCGCCACCGGCGAACUCCGGUGAGCAUAUCAGGCUUCCUCGGGCCUUCCAACUUCCACAACAUCAACAUAGAAAACUCACCCAUUUCGACCAAAGGACUCGACUCGGCGAUAGUUUCGGCGAUUCCCAUGUUUGUAUAUGAAACAACAGAAGCAGAAGCAGAGGAAUUGGAAUGCGUGAUUUGUUUGAGCGCUAUUGAGGAGGGCGAGAUUGGAAGGAGCUUACCCAAGUGUGGCCAUGCUUUUCACGUGGAGUGCAUUGACAUGUGGUUGAGUUCGCAUUGCAAUUGUCCAAUUUGUAGAGCUCCUAUUGUGAUGGGUGGUGUUGUUCACAACAAUUCUCAAUUGGGUUCCUUUGAUGAGGAUGAUGGUGGUGAUGAUGACACUGUGCUUGAGAUUGUGAUUGGUACUCCAAAUUAUGAGAUUAGCGAGAAUGAUCGUGGGAAUGAUAAUUAUGGAGGUGUUGGGGUGAAUGGUUCUGUAUCAGAAACUUCAUCAUCUCUGUUGGGUUACUCUUUGAAGAGAAUGCUGAGUACAAAGUUUUUCUGUCUUUCAAUGUAAAUGAAUUAGAUGGUUCAGAAUGAG